UGAAGAACCAGUAACAUAAAAGAGACGAUUAUUUUAGUGUAAAGAGAAAUUUAUUGUCUAUUCUCUAAUUCUUCGAUAUUAAACGUAAUUCGCGAAGCAACGAAUAAAGAACGAGUAAAUAAAAUUCUUUAAGGAAGGGGAACGAACAUUGCCACGCGCACCGAAACGCACGGUUAUUAAUCGACUCAGUCCAGGUUCGACGUUUAACGGGACAAGUCUACGGACGAAUAGAAACAAAUCUGGAAAAUGGAUUCCAGUUGGUUAAUGUGCAAAUCAUCACAACGACCGGGAACAAUAACGACAUUCCAUAGUCCUUUUCCCCGUAGACCAUGGUUAACGGACUCUGGAGCUGCAGCGGCUGCAAGCGGCAGCGGUAUUAAGGGUAUCAUAGCUGGAGGUAUAACUGGAGGUAUAGAAAUAUGUAUUACAUAUCCAACCGAAUAUGUAAAGACACAAUUACAACUUGAUGGAAAAUCUGGUGCUAGUAAGCAAUAUACUGGAAUAUGGGAUUGUGUGACAAAAACUGUACAAAAUCGUGGAUUUUUUGGCCUAUACAGGGGCCUUUCAGUAUUAAUUUAUGGUUCAAUUCCUAAGUCAGCAGUACGUUUUGGUUCUUUUGAAAAAGUGAAAGGAUUUCUGGUAAAUGAAAAUGGCAAACUUACUACUCAAACUAGCUUGUUAGCAGGACUGUGUGCCGGUGCCUCUGAAGCUAUUUUUGCAGUUACUCCUAUGGAGACUAUUAAAGUAAAGUUUAUCAAUGACCAACGAUCUGCUAAUCCAAAAUACAGAGGAUUCUUACACGGAGUGAAAAUGAUCAUUCAGGAGUAUGGAGUUAGAGGUAUAUAUCAAGGAUUAGCACCUACAAUUUUAAAACAAGGAUCAAAUCAAGCAAUUAGGUUCUGUACUAUGGAAACAUUAAAAGAGUGGUACAAAGGUGGAGAUAAAAAUGUAACUAUACCAAAAUAUGUUAUUGGUACAUUUGGUGCAUGCGCUGGUGCAUUAUCAGUUUUUGGAAACACUCCCAUUGAUGUAAUAAAAACUAGAAUGCAGGGCUUGGAGGCCUCAAAAUAUAAAAAUAGUGUAGACUGUAUGAUUCAGAUAUGGAAGAAUGAAGGCCCAACAGCAUUUUACAAAGGAACUGUUCCAAGAUUAAGUAGAGUAUGUUUAGAUGUUGCCAUCACAUUUAUGAUUUAUGAUUCCUUUAUGGAACUUUUCAAUCGAGUUUGGCCUUGAAAAUGAUUACAUUUUUAUAAUGAUAUAUUCCAUAAUGCAAUGCAAAUGUAGCUUUUAUAACAAUAUAGAUUUUAUAUUUGUACAAUAUAUUUGUAGCCGUACUUUUCUAGAAAUGUUUUUACUUCAAAUGUGAUUCAUAAGUAUGCUAUUAUAAUACACAUUUUAAUCAACGAAAAUUAGAAUAAACCAUAGAUUUAUAUCAAAGAUUUCCAUUUUUGGCAGUAAUUAUUAUUACUUAUAGUAUUGAAAGCUACAGUUGCAUUAUAUGCAAAUUCCGUUAUAUAAUACCUAUGUGCAUAAUAUAUAUUAUGCAUAUAUAAUAUAUUUUCGUACCAAAUUUGUUAUUUAAUGUACAAUUUAUGUGCUAGAGGGAAAUUUUAAUGUAUAUUUAAUUUACAAUCAUUUUCAUUCCUUAUUGUAGUUCAUAGUAUUAUUAAAUAUUUAACAUUCCUAUACAUUCGAAUUGUCGAAUGAAUAUAACAUUCUGUGGUAACAAUUUAUACAUCAUAUGUAUGAUUAUGUAUAUCAUCUAUUCCAAGAAAUAAUGGUGUACAGUUUAGUACAAAAUAAAAGAAUAUUUAUUGACCUGA